UUGCAUAUUGCUGCGCAUUAUCACGGCGGUGGUGCCACACCAACUCCUGAAGGUCGUGAUGAUGUUGUCGACAGUGUGCUGACAGCAAUCUCGGAGGUGAAUGGUGGCGAUAUGGCGACUGCGUUGCAUCGUAAAUUGACCGCAUCCAACUCAUCGCAACGUCACGCUAACUCAGCACCGAAUCACAGCCCGGAUGUGCCCGAAGAAUCGCAUACUCUUGCAUGUCCCAAAGCAUCUUCUGAUUCACCACUAUCCAACUGUGGUGAAAGCAACGCAGGUUCCCGAAUCUCUACACCACCACUGAGGUAUUAUACUCACAACAUCAGUUACUGA